GAUGCAAGUGGUAUCAAAAAAUCGGGCAAAAAAUCACCUAUUUUUGCAUUCUAACAUUGGAAGCACUUUCGGCUAUGAAUGGAACUCUAUUAACGCACGCAUCUACACACGAGGCAUAGAGGCCAUUGAGGCAACACGAAGCGACUGAAGUUAUUUGUUGUGGAUCGUGGAGACGCUUUAUUUUUACUGCUGUGAUUUAUCCAUUUUUUAGAAGAUAUAAAGGCGUAAAAUCUUUUCAAGAUGUCGUGGACAGAAAUACAAACAGCGCACAGUCAAAACCGGCAUGAGUUGGUUCUAUCUGGAGCUGACAUUUCGAAGAGGAUCGAGGAGCAAAAGGGCCUGGAUCCGGCCCUUUUUUCCCUGGUGAACAUCAAUUAUCUGUGCAUCAGCGAAACCUGUUUGAGUUCUGUGCCCGUCGAUGCGGCCAAACUGAAGAGUUUGACCACCCUGGUGCUGCACACCAACAAGCUGACUGAACUGCCCGACUGUGUCGGCGAUUUGGACAAACUCAAGAUUUUGGAUGUGUCGAGAAAUAGUCUCAGCGCACUUCCAGAGACUCUGACGAAACUGUCCAAUUUGACCUCAAUCAACGUUUCAUCUAACAACAUUGCCCAGUUGCCCAGUUUCAAAAACAAUUUGAAGUUGAGCAUUUUAGAUGCCUCCCAGAAUGAACUGGAGCAAUUCCCUGACGUGGUUUAUCCAGAGCUGGCCCACUUAGCAGAAAUCAAGCUUAAAAGUAACAAGAUCACGGAAAUCCCAAGAAACGUUAGUUCACUUCCCAGCCUGCGGCUGCUGGACGUCUCCGAAAAUUUGAUUCAGCUGGUCCCUGGAGAGUUGGCUGAUAACUCCAAACUCAAAGAUGUCAUGCUGAAAGGAAACAAGUUGAAUGACAAGAGGCUGAUGAAAAUGGUUGAACAGUGCAAGCCAAAGCAAAUCCUUGAGUACAUCAGUAAAAAUUGCCCGAAAGAGAAAGUUGAGUCUGGUGGAGGCGGUGGCAAAAAGGGGAAAAAGGGCAAAGGAAAGCAGCAGCAAUCUGAGUCAAACUCUAAUCAGGAGAUCAGCGACCUUUGCAACAAAAUCAGCGUUUUACACGUUACUGAUGACAGUCUGAAGGUCAUUUCUGAGGAUGAGUCUGUUAAAUUGGUCAGGCCGCAUAUCGUUUGCUGCAUUGUGCGGGACGUCAAGUUCACAGCAGAGACUUUCCGGUCUUUCAUUCACUUACAGACCCGUCUGCACGACACACUGUGCCAAAAGCGGCAGCUAGCCACAAUAGCCACGCACGAUCUGUCACUGUUCCCUCCUGGCCCGUUGCACUACGUGGCCAGACCGCCGCACAGGAUCAAGUUGACCCCACUCGGACAGGACAAGGAGUUGACUGCGGCGGAAAUGUUCAAGAACCUGCAAGAGGAGGCCGAGGAGGAGAAACGCUCCCAGUCAGGAUCAGGCAUCUUCAGGUUUUUGACUCUUCUGGAAGGGAAGCAGGUCUAUCCCUAUCUGAAAAACGCCAAAAACAAGACUAUUUCCUUGCCCCCAAUCACAAACAGCGAGCUUACAAAGAUCACAGAGUCUACAAAAGACAUCUUCGUUGAAAUCACCAGCUCGUCCUCUCAAGGUGCUUGUAAGACGGUUAUCCACCAACUGCUCCUUGAAAUUUUAGAGUUGGGCAUUGGCGACGCUGAGGACAGCAAUGGUUUUCACAGUCUGAAGGUUCAACAAGUGCAGAUUGUGAACAUGGAAGGCACACUGAAGGUGGUUUAUCCAUCUCGGGUCGACCUGCAGUUUGAAGAGUCUAAAAAAAUUGUGAUAAUUCGUGAAUAAAUUUUUUCUGACGAUUUUCAAACAAAA